ACGACGCACUCCUCGCACAACCGCAUUGUUGUUGGGGAAGAGAAGCUCGGGAAGCCGCUGAACUCUGCCGCUUCCGAACAGACCCAUUCGACCUGCAAGCGAUCCCGAUCGAAGUGAUAACACCCCGAAACCGACUCCGUCGCCCUGGAUACCCGUCGGUCCUUCUCCGGGUUGAGUCGGUUGAGCGCGAGCCGCGGCAGCCUGCCACUUCGCACCGCCAUUGCUGCCGUUAGCUGAAUUCGUGAAAAUACCCCCGGGUCUCUACGGCUGCGGCAUGAAGAAGAAAAGUCGACAAUACCGCCCUGCUGUGCUGAAGAGGGACUCCUCGCCCAUCAAGCCGUCGACCAACCGGGAGACGCUGACGUACGCGCAGGCCCAACGCAUUGUGGAGCUGGAGGUGGACGGCUGCGUGCAUCGCCUCAGCAUCUACGACAAGAUGGACAUCAUGGGAGACAACCACCCCACGGCGCAGGAGAUCAUGGAGUGCAACAGCAACAAGGAGAACAACGAGAAGCCCCAACAGGUCCUGGUGCGCUCCAUGCGCCUCAAAAACAGCCAGCAGAAGAAGAACGCCGCGCUCACGGCCGCGCACACUGGCACCGGCGGCCUGCUGGAGCCCAAGGUCAGGACGGUAGAGUACAACCUGCCGGUGGUGCCCAAGAGGCCGGCGGCAUACUACAAGUACACGGAGAGGACGUCGGAGGAGCUGGACGAGGAGGUGGAGUACGACAUGGACGAGGAGGACUACUCCUGGCUGGAGAUCGUCAACGAGAAGAGGCGGAGCGAGGGCGUCAGCCAGGUGUCCUUCAACCUGUUCGAGUUCCUCAUGGACCGCUUUGAGAAGGAGACGCACGCCGCCACUCGCGGCCACAGCGACUUGCGCUCGCUGGUGGACGAGGAUGCCGUGUGCUGCGUGUGCAUGGACGGAGACGGCGCCGACAGCAACGUCAUCCUCUUCUGCGACUCGUGCAACAUUGCCGUGCAUCAGGAGUGCUACGGCGUGCCGUAUGUCCCCGAGGGCCAGUGGCUGUGCCGCCACUGCCUGCAGUGUCCGGCACGGCCCGCCGACUGCGUCUUCUGCCCCAAUCGGGGCGGCGCCCUGAAGAAGACCGACAAUGACCGCUGGGGCCACGUGGCGUGCGCCUUGUGGGUGCCUGAGGUGGGCUUCUCCGACACGGUCUUCAUCGAGCCCAUCGACGGCGUGAACAACAUCCCGCCGGCGCGCUGGAAGCUCACCUGCUACCUGUGCAAGGAGAAGGGCGCCGGGGCGUGCAUUCAGUGCGACAAGACCAACUGCUACGCCGCCUUCCACGUCAGCUGCGCCCAGAGGGCGGGACUGUACAUGAAGAUGGAGCCUGUCAGGGAGGUGACGCUGUCCGGCGGCACCUUCUUCUCCGUGAAGAAGACCGCCUACUGCUGCGUCCACACGCCCGAGGGAUGCGACCGCCGGCCGCUCGGCAUCUACGAGGGGCCGCACGCCAAGAACGGAGCGUGUCUCAAGAGGGCCGACAAGAGGGGGAAGUCCCGGGCCAAAGGCUGGGCCAGGAAGAAGAGCAAGAGGGGCGACCCGGAACCAGAGGCCGAGGCCCCCGCCAGCCCCGGGCCCAGCAUCACCACCUCAAGUUUCUACACCAUCCUGAACCAGGUGGCGGUGCAGAGGAAGCGCGUGUUUGUGGAGCGGGUGCUGAGCUACUGGGUGCAGAAGAGGCAGUCGAGGAACAACGUGCCGCUCAUCCGCCGGUUGCAGUCCCACCCCCAGCCCCCCAAGGUCAAGCAGACGGUCAGUGCCGACACGGUGGAUUGCCGGCCUCCUUUUCUGACGUUGGCCCGCUUACCACAAAGUGUGUGCGUUGUUCUGCAGGACCUCGCGGAGACCAACCAGGCGCUGAAAGAGUUACACCGCCUGCGGCACGACCUGGAGCGAGCGCGCCUGCUGCUAGAGCUCAUCCGGAAGAGGGAGAAGCUGAAGAGGGAGGAGAUGAAGCUGCAGCAGUCAGCGCUGGAGGUCCAGCUGACGCCCUUCAACAUCCUGCUGCGGGCCGUGCUCAGCCAGCUGCAGGAGAAGGACCAGUACAGCAUCUUCUCCCUUCCCGUCAGCGCCAAGGAGGUUCCAGACUACUUGGACCACAUCCAGGACCCCAUGGACUUCUCCACCAUGAGGAAGCGCAUCGACGGCCGCGCCUACAGGAGCCUGGAGGAGUUCGAGGCCGACUUUGACCUCGUCAUCUUCAACUGCAUGAAGUACAACGCCAAGGACACCUUCUUCUACCGGGCCGCCCAGCGCAUGCAGGACAACGGGGGCGCCAUCCUCCGCAGGGCUCGCCGGGAGGCCGAGAGAAUCGGCUUUGACUUCCCCAGCGGGCUGCACCUGCCCGAGGCCCCGAAGGCGGUGGCGGCCCCCGCCUUCUGCUGGGAGGACGUGGACCGGCUGCUGACCCCCGCGUACCGACAACUGACCCCCCUAGAGGAGCAGCUGAGGGAGCUGCUGGAGAAGCUGGACCUGAGCACGGCCAUGAAGCACAGCCCGUCGCGCAGCAAGCGGCUCAAACUUCUCAAGAAGACCAUCACGGAGGUCCGAAGCAAAAUGAGCCUCAGGCAGUCCCCCCGGAAGCCGCAGCCCAGCGACACCCCCCUGGAGGAACCAGUUCCCGAAUCCUUGGCGGCGCCUUGCAUGCCGCCAAAGAAGCCAGCUCCGCCCCCCCAAACGUUAGAGCUGUUGACCUUGCUGUCGCGGAUUGAAGCCUCGGAGCCGCCGCCCCCUCAGGAGGCCCCCAAAGCCAGCACGGAUCGUUCUCUCUCAGAGCCGCAUGACGACACGUCUACCUCAGUGCUCGACGGGCUCGCCCCCGAACCGCCACUCUCCAACGCCAACGCCCCCGUCGCCUGUAACCGGCGGAACAACGUCCUCUUCCGCAAAUCCAAGAGCACCAGCCCCCAGAAACCACUGAAGAGCCCAGAGGCGUCCACCCUGGCGCCCCCUUCCCUGGGCGCCAAAACCUUCCUGUCAGUGGUGAUCCCUCGGUUGGAGACACUGCUCCUGCCGAAGAAGCGGAGACACAGCAGCAGCGCCGACGGCAAUGAGGAGGACGAGGAGUUGCCAAUAAAACGCCUCGGCACAGGAAUAGCAAACAAUUUUGUGGUGGAGGAGGAGGAGGGCGUCUCUCUGACUUCUCGGCGCCGCUGUGCCUCCGAGUCGAGCAUCUUCUCCAGCGGGAGCGUCUUCUGCGGCACGAGCACCGUCAUCAUUUCUAAAGGCGAUAAAGGGCGCUCGCCGGUGGCCCGGCGGAGCACUGUGGACAACCACAGCCCCCCGGUGACCUGCGUAAAGAACGAGGAGCUCGGCAAAGCCUCCAAGACGCCGUCAGAUCACGGACCCCAGAGGGCGGAGGACGGGGGGUCAGCACAAAGGGGCAGAGCUUCCCCAGCUGCCUCCGCCACCGGACGUCCUCAGAGCCGGAGAGCGGAUGCAGUUCAGGUCCGCAGAGAAACUCUUCCUCGUCCACUUCUUCGACAGCAAGCGCAGCUGGCAAUGGCUUCCUAGAUCCAAGAUGGCUCCCUGCGGAAUCAACUGGGCGCUCGAUAAAACCAAGCUGGAGAAGGCUCGCUCCACCAGCCUCCGAAAAACUGAGCGGCUCACCUUCGAUUGGUCCAUGAAGCACCGGGACCGCGUGGGCGGAGAGGCGGCACCUCGGACUGAACACACACACACGCACACCCCCUCUGAAGUCCGCCAUCAUCAUAUCAGUGAUGGUCACAUCAGCCUUCUUUUUCACAUUCACAAGCCGAGACGCUCUGAUUCUGUCUCAUACGCACAAAAAUACACGUCAUGUUUACCAUGUCCUGCAAACUGGACCCCACCUACCCCCAAAUACCGUAGCUGAUGACCUCCGUUUGUCCGUUGGUCUUCAGAUAUUUAUACGAUGAUCAGCUUGUCCUGUCUCUACACAGAGAAAACAAAUAAACAUGCAUGCAGUAUUGACCCUUUUAUUUUAAAGUUCAGCUCUUUAAAAAAAAACCUGGUUUUGUAACUUAUUGAGUUCUCAAGCUUUGGAAUCUUUCUUCUUAGUUAAUUCAUUAAUAAUCUUAAUUAAUUAAUUGUUUCUGUGUGUCUGUUUUUUCACCUGGAUGUUUUUACUGGACUAUUUGUUUAUUUUUCCUUUUUGUAGAUAUUUAUAUAAAAUCUAUAUAGAUGCUCUCAAAGUACAAAAUGCCUAAAGUAUUCACACCAAAACCUAAUGUCUGCCCACUCGUGUGUGUCCUCCACCUCGUCCUCCUCCUUCACAGUUCAGUUGUUUUGGGGGUUUCAGUGAUGAGUUUACAGAAUCUUCAGUCAUCUGAAAACGUGCCUGUAUUAAUUUAUUGUAAAGCAGAAAAUGUAUAUGCAUUACUUUAUAGAGAGCAUUGUAAUGAAAUACCACGGGCACAUGGGUGCACACGUAGAGCCCCCCACCCCACUGUCUGUUUUUUACUUUUGGGGUAUUUUAGCAUUAAGUCUGAGAGGUGAGGUGAUAAGUGUUUAAUGUUUUAUUUUGGCAGGGUAGCAAUGGGUAGACUUCCUGUUUUGUUUGGCCACUUUUGGAUUUAGAUGUUGUGUGUAAAUAGAUUUGGUACUUUAGCUGAUUCGCUGGGAUAAACCACAGUUCUAGCCAACGGGAGCGCAGACCAGCCAACACCAGGCCGGUGGGUUUUUAUACUAAAACACAGAAAAAUAAAAAUAUGUUAUUGAAUCACUGA